GACCUUGUCGUGCCUCCCUCCUGUCGCAGACCUAAGACUUGGGCUAAGUUUAACAAAGAGAGAUGUCCACCAUUAAAGUCUACAUUUUGCUCUCACUGUCUGUGCUGUGUAUUACCAAUGGGCAAGGUCAGAGCUGCCUUGAUGGGUUUCCUUCAAUCACUGACAACACCUGUACAUCAUCAUCAUGCCCCUUUCAGGGGAUAAGUAGCUCCCGGCAACUACGACUCUUCCCUUCCAUGAGGAUUACCUGUAAUGGGAUGCUAGUGGGAUUGUCUGUAGCAGGACAGACUCGAAGUGGAGUAGAUUAUCAUAUUCUGCAGAUCUGGAGACCCACUGGCCCCACGUCCAAUGACUAUGAGAGAAUCAGUGAAUACACAUUCCCAAUUGGAUGCUUUCAGCUACCUAACAAUGUCUGGCGGUGUACAGUCAUCAGUCCAUCAAUUCAUGUUGAGGUGGGAGACAUCAUUGGAAUCAAUCUUCCUCGUAACAGAAGGACCGCUGCAGCAUUUGAGAUGUUCUUCACGUCCCCGUCAUCUUCUACCAGCUACAUACUAAGCAAUACAUCAGUCUCAACAUUUUCAGUACCUGGAUCUACUGCUGCCAGUGCUCAACCUGUGCUUACUCUGAACAUUCAGGAACAAGUUACUGAGACCCCAACUACUGAGCUGACGACACAGGCCCCAACUACUGAUCAGCUGACGACACAGGCCUCAACUACUGAGCUGACAACACAGGUCCCAACUACUGAGCCGACAACACAGGUCCCAACUACUGAGCUGACAACACAGGCCCCAACUACUGAUCAGCUGACAACACAGGUCCCAACUACUGAGCUGACGACACAGGCCCCAACUACUGAGCUGACGACACAGGUCCCAACUACUCAGCCGACAACACAGGUCCCAACUACUGAUCAGCCGACAACACAGGCCGCCCCAACUACUGAUCAGCCGACAACACAGGCCCCAACUACUGAUCAGCCGACAACACAGGCCGCCCCAACUACUGAUCAGCCGACAACACAGGCCCCAACUACUGAGCCGACAACACAGGCCCCACCUACUGAUCAGCUACCAACACAGGCCCCAACUACUGAUCAGCUGACAACACAGGCCCCAACUACUGAUCAGCUGACAACACAGGCCCCAACUACUGAGCUCACGACACAGGCCCCAACUACUGAGCUCACGACACAGGCCCCAACUACUGAGCUGACGACACAGGCCUCAACUACUGAGCUGACAACACAGGUCCCAACUACUGAGCUGACGACACUGGCCUCAACUACUGAUCAGCUGACAACACAGGUCCCAACUACUGAGCUGACGACACACACCCCAACUACUGAGCUGACGACACAGGCCCCAACUACUGAGCUGACGACACAGGUCCCAACUACUGAUCAGCUGACAACACAGGCCCCAAGUACUGAUCAGUUCACAACACAGGCCCCAAGUACUGAGCUGACGACACAGGCCCCAACUACUGAGCUGACAACACAGGCCCCAACUACUGAGCUAACGACACAGGCCUCAACUACUGAUCAGCUGACAACACAGGCAAGUACUGAGCCGACAACACAGGCCUCAACUACUGAUCAGCUGACAACACAGGUCCCAACUACUGAUCAGCUGACAACACAGGCCCCAACUACUGAUCAGCUGACAACACAGGCCCCAACUACUGAGCCGACUACUCAGUCCACAACACACACUACUGCAGUAGAUAUUGGGCAACCGACGGCUAGAGGUACAGAGAUAGUUGGUCCGUUGGUUGGUGGUGUGGUUGGUGUGCUACUGUUGGUGCUGAUUGUUGCACUGGUGGUUGGUGUGCUACUGUUGGUGCUGAUUGUUGCACUGGUGGUGGGUUUGGUUGUGUAUAUUCUUACGAGGAGGAGAUUCACUAAUAAAUGGAAACCUGAGAUUGUAUCUGAACGACAUUUUGCAGAGGGCAGUCAGAGAGGGGUGAUCAGUAAUGGUAUCCACAGCGCUGAGACCGUAGAUUAUGAAGUUAUUGAGCUCGACUCUAUACGACAACCGACGGACAGUAUGUUCAAGAAUCUAUCGUACAUGCCCAACACAGAUGCAUCCAUCAACUAUGAGGAAGAGCAUUGAAUAUACUUACAUUGAUCGAGAAGAUAUACGCAUUCUAGCAAGAAAUCCAAUUGUCUAUCAAGAUGAGAAUAAAACAGACCAAGUAGCCACUUCAAGCAACGUUGCUACUGCUGACAAUAUUUGUUAUGGGUCAGCUAUUCCACGAGAUCAUGUGCCAACUUCUGACAAUGUUGCGUAUGGCUCAACU